CCAGUUCCUGGUUCGCCGGCGGCCAUUUUGGGUGGAAGCGAUCACUGAGUGGCGGCGGCUGCUGAUUGUGUUCUAAGGGUCGGAGUGGGGUCGACGUUUGCUCUACCGGAACAGCUUAGCUCAUUCCUCCCCUUCCAUUACCCGUGGCGCGGAGAGUUGGGGCGGCGGCUGCGUCAGCAAGGGCGGUGGCGGCGGCGGCAGCUGCAGUGACAUGUCCAGCAUGAAUCCCGAAUAUGAUUAUUUAUUCAAGUUACUUCUGAUUGGUGAUUCUGGGGUUGGAAAGUCUUGCCUUCUCCUUAGGUUUGCAGAUGAUACGUAUACGGAAAGCUACAUCAGCACAAUUGGCGUGGAUUUCAAGAUCCGAACCAUAGAGUUAGACGGGAAGACAAUCAAGCUUCAGAUAUGGGACACAGCAGGCCAGGAAAGAUUUCGCACAAUCACCUCCAGUUAUUACAGAGGAGCCCAUGGCAUCAUAGUUGUGUAUGAUGUGACAGAUCAGGAGUCCUUCAAUAAUGUCAAACAGUGGCUGCAGGAGAUAGAUCGCUAUGCCAGUGAAAAUGUCAACAAGUUGUUGGUAGGGAACAAAUGUGACCUGACCACAAAGAAAGUAGUAGACUACACAACAGCAAAGGAAUUUGCAGAUUCCCUUGGAAUUCCAUUUUUGGAAACCAGUGCUAAGAACGCAACGAAUGUAGAACAGUCUUUCAUGACGAUGGCAGCUGAGAUUAAAAAACGAAUGGGUCCUGGAGCAACAGCUGGUGGUGCCGAGAAGUCCAAUGUUAAAAUCCAGAGCACUCCAGUCAAGCAGUCAGGGGGAGGCUGCUGCUAAAAUCCGCCUCCGUCCUUUUCUCACAGCAAUGAAUUCUCAAUCUGAACCCAAGUGAAAAAACAAAAUUGCCUGAAUUGUACUGUAUGUAGCUGCACUACAACAGAUUCUUACCGUUUCCACAAGGUCAGAGAUUGUAAAUGGUCAAUACUGACUUUUUUUUUUAUUCCCUUGACUCAAGACAGCUAACUUCAUUUUCAGAACUGUUUUAAACCUUUGUGUGCUGGUUUAUAAAAUAAUGUGUGUAAUCCUUGUUGCUUUCCUGAUACCAGAUCGUUUCCCGUGGUUGGUUAGAAUAUAUUUUGUUUUGAUGUUUAUAUUGGCAUGUUUAGAUGUUGGGUUUAGUCUUCUGAAGAUGAAGUUCAGCCAUUUUGUAUCAAACAGCACAACCAGUGUCUGUCAGUUUCCAUGCAUAAAGUUUAGUGAGACGUUCUAUGUAAGAUCUGAUUUGCUAGUUCUUCCUGGUAGAGUUAUAAAUGGAAAGAUUACACUAUCUGAUUAAUAGUUUCUUCAUACUCUGCAUAUAAUUUGUGGCUGCAGAAUAUUGUAAUUUGUUGCACACUAUGUAACAAAACUGAAGAUAUGUUUAAUAAAUAUUGUACUUAUUGGAAGUAAUAUCAAACUGUAUGGUGAUAAGUAUUGUUUUAAUUCCUAUGACUAAAGGGAAAUAGAGCUUUGCAUUAUCCUUAGCAGCCAUGUGUGUGCAGCAAGGGCACUGUAGACCUAUCCUAAUAGCACACAUCGGGGUCUGCUUGCUUUCUAGUGAUAGGGUCUGAUGAGUGACCCAGUGAAGCUUUUGUGCUGUGUAGACACUUCACCAACUUCAUUGGUUCAAGGAACACAAACUGUAUGGAAAGAAUGUGUGCUUCAUAGCUUCAUCUCCGGCCCAGAGCAUCUGAAGUGGCUUCACCAGCAGCACCGUGUUCAUGCAUCUGUGGUAGAUGGAGAGCACACAUGCUCCCUCGCAGGCAGUCAUCUGGUAUAUGUGCUGCUGUUUCUUCAUGCUGAGUCUGAUGGUGCACACACCUUUUUCUUUCUUUUUUUUCUUUGGCUAUCGGAGACAGAGUUUCUCUGUGUAUCGCUGGCUGUCCUGGAACUCUCUCUGUAGACCAGGCUGGCCUUGAACUCAGGGAUCCACCUGUCUCUGAGUGCUGAGGUUGAAGGUGUGCAUCACCAUGCCUGGCUUUUUUCCCCUUUCUUUUUUGAGACAGGGUCUCACUAUGUAGCCCUGGCUAGCCUGGAACUUAAGUAUGUACAACAGGCUGCCCCCCAUCCCUCACCCCCACCCCCCAUUCACCUGCCUUUUCCUCAAAAGUGCUGGGAUUAAAGGCAUGUCCCAGACUGCACCUAUUUUUUGAGACAGUGUCUCACAUAGCUCAAGAGGCCUCAAAUUCACUUGUAACCAAGGAUGGCCUUGAACUCCUGAUCCUCCUGCCUCUACUUCCAGGUGUCAACUUUUAUUUUUUCCAAUUGUAUGACUCAUGUUGGAGGAGAGUUUUAAGCAUUAGAAUAGAAAGCAGGAAAUGUGAUUGCCCUAAUUGUAGAAAUUCUAUCCCCCCCCCCCCCC